GAGGGUGGAGCUUUGGAGUGACAUUCAAGAGGCUUUUCAACACCUAGAAAAAAAAAAAGAGGCUAAAUAAGGAUCAGGACGAAGAGAAGGGAACUGUGUAAAAAUGGAAGACAGUAACACGGACACAGAAAAAGAAGAGGAAGAUGAGGAGAAAACAGACAUCCCUCCUGCUACCAUGCCCACAAUUCACAUCCAAGAUGAGAGGUUUGUUGUUUUAUCUGAAACACCAGCUUUCAUUUGUCUAAAUGAGUUAUAUGCUAAGGGGAAAAUUCCUGGAACCAGAAUGGCAGAGCUAAAAGCCAAGUACGCCUUGUUGCAUGACACAGUGGUGAGCACGCAGACGUCGGAGCUGCAGCUGCUGCAGGACGCCAAGAUCUUCGCGGAGCAGAUCGAGCAGCAGCAGGUGCAUAUGCAGCGUGCCGAGGACUUCCCCACCGCCUUCGCCACCAACGUGACCAAGAUGCGGGAGCAGCUGCUCAAGUAUCAGAACGAGUACAGGGCCCUGCAGGAGAGGGAGUCGCACAACGCGUACAGGUUGAACAGUUUAACUGAAGAAAAGAGCCUCUUAUUAAAGGAAUUUGACAAGAUACCUAAGCCGGGGGAACUGGAGAAGAAGAUGAGAGCCUUGAAGGAAAACACGGAAGAGCUGCGUAAGGAGACAAUGCAAAAGAAAUUGGAGAUUAAGAAUUUACGGGAGGAUCUGGCAUCUAAGCAAAAGCAAUUACUGAAGGAGCAGAAGGAGCUAGAAAAGUUGAUGGAAUAUCAGGUGGUCCUAAAGGAUGAAGUGGUCCACCAUCAGGCUAUUCCUGUACAAAUUGGAAAGGAAAUAGAAAAAAUGACACGCAAAAAAGUAGAAAUGGAGAAGAAAAAUAUUGCUUUGGAGGGUGAAGUUAGACUGCUAAAUGAGUCUCUAAAGAAAGUGGAAACCAAAGGUAAUGCUCUCAUGGAAGAAAAGGAGGAAGUCAUAAAGGACGUUGAAAGCAAGCGAGCCUUGCUGGAAGUCAAAGAACGAGAGUAUAACCAGCUGAUUAAGUUAUUAGAGCUAACCAGAGAGACUGAAGCAUCUUCACUGACUGAAAGAGGAAUGUUGGAUCUCAAUUUACGAAACUGUCUCAUUGACAAGCAGAACUACCAUGAUGAACUUUCCCGCAAGCAGAGGGAGAAGGAACGAGAUAUUCGCAAUUUAAAGAAGAUGGAGCUCCUCUUGAAAGUAUCCUUGGAUACACUCACUCAGACUCAAGCCAUGCAUCAGAGGCUCAUACUAGAGAUGGAAGCUAUCCCUGAAGAUGACAUUGCACUAAUGGAGAGAAGGAAAGAGCUGCAAAAGGAAGUUGAAAUAUCUAAGAGAAAUUUGGCCCAACAGAAAAUUUUUUCAGAAACUGAGUCAAAGUUGCUAGAACAGCAACUUGCAGAAGAAAACAGACUUAUAAAGGAACAAGAAAGUAUGCGAGGCCUGGUCUUCAACCUUGUCCGUAUGACUCAACUCAAAAUUGAGGAAAGAGAACAGAAGUCCAAGGAUUUGCUGAAAGCCCAGCAAAAAUAUUCCAAUAUUACUAAGGAAAUCAGAACAAAGGAUCUUGAAAUUAGAAUAUGUAAGAAGAGAAAACGUGAAAUUCAUCGGAGACUCAGAGAGUUUGCUAAAUUGUACGACACAAUUCGAAAUGAAAGAAACAAGCUUAUUAACCUACUUCAUAAAUCUCACCAGAAAGUGAAUGAAAUAAGAGAAAGGUAUAAGAUGUCGUUAAAUGAAUUGGAAAUUUUAAGAAGCAGUGCAGUUACUCAGGAAAGGAAGCUCCAAAAUACCAUGCUGAAGCAUGCCAACAACGUGACCAUCCGAGAAAGCUUGCAAAACGAUGUGUGUAAAAUCACGGCGAAACUUCAAGAAAUGAAGGACAAGAAGGAAGCCCAGUUGACCAGCAUGGACAGACUGGCCAGCACGAUCACCUCCAUAGAGGAGGAGAUGGUGCAGCUUCGCAAAAAGUAUGAGAGAGCCAUCCAGCGGCGAAACGAGAGUGGCGUUCAGCUGAUCAAGCGGGAGGAAGAAGUGUGCAUUUUUUAUGAAAAAAUAAACAUCCAAGAGAAGAUGAAACUAAAUGGGGAAAUUGAAAUACAUGUCCUGGAAGAAAAGAUACGGUUCCUGAAGCUGAAGAUUGCCGAGAAGCAGAGACAGAUCUGCGUCACACGGAAUUUAGUGCCAGUCAAGAGGGCCCUGGACGCUGACCUGGCUGUGCUCCAGAUUCAGUUUUCCCAGUGCACAGACAAAAUAAAGGAACUGGAGAAACAUUUUAUCAAUCCUGAGAGUAAGAACAGAAUCCGCCUCAUUCCGGGGAAGGAUCUCACUGAAGAAGAAAUAAUCAAGAAAUUAGAUAUGCUAGAGUUUGAGCUGGCAAAGAAGGAGGAGAAGUUACUGGAGAAGGACUUCAUCUUUGAACAGGUGUCCCAGCUCACCAACAAGCUCAAAGGCAAAACGCAGGCCUGCAAGAAGGACACCCUGCUCUUAGCCAAGAAGAUGAACGGCUACCAGAAAAGGAUCAAAGAUGCUACCGAAAAGAUGAUGGCUCUUGUGGCAGAGUUGUCCAUGAAGCAAGCCUUGACCAUUGAACUCCAAAAGGAAGUCAGGGAAAAAGAAGAAUUCAUCUUCUCUUGCAGUUCCAGGAUAGAAAAAGGUCUACCACUCAAUAGAGAGAUUGAGAAAGACUGGCUGAAGGUACUUCGAGAUGAAGAAAUGCACGCCUUUGCUGCUGUUGAGAGGUCACAGGAAGAUGCAGAAGCAGAAUAUCGCCAGCUGCCCAAUGGCGUUUACACGACUGCAGAGCAGCGUCCAAACGCCUACAUCCCCGAAGCAGACACCGCUCUGCCUCUGCCCAAACCGUACGGCGCCUUGGCUCCUUUUAAGCCCACAGAACCUGGAUCCAGUAGGAGACACAUAAGGAAACCUGUGAUCAAGCCAAUUGAAAUCUGAAUAUGAACCAAUCCAGCCAAAGGACGUGAG